CACACACCCACCAAGCACCCAGCACCCGCCACCCUGGCCGGCCGCCGCGCCGCGGGUCGCCGGAGCGAGCCGUAACUCCCGGCUGGCGCGCCGAGCUCAGCCCCGCUCGAUUUUUCCCGUUCGAUCCCAGCCCUCUCUUGCUGGGCGGCGGCGGCGGCAGGGGGAUGGGGGCCCGCGUGGGGAAAGGGGUGAAGAUCGAUGAAGAUUAUUGUUCUUUUUAAGGAUGCCCUAGCUUCCUCCCGCCGCCUCUCCUUUGAGCCUUCCUACUACAGACUGUGAACCAGAGUCAGGGAUGUAAAGAGAGGGGGAAAGACGCCGGGAGCUCCAGCCAGCCGGGGAGACCCUCCUCUCGGUGGAGGGGAGGGGGAUUUCCAGCGACAGAUCAUUGGAGAAAGGGAUCGUCGCAGGGAGAGGCGCCCCCGAGGGAGCGGGAAAUCCCACAGCCCCUGGUGGCGUCCGCGGGUCUGUGGGAGCUAGUGUGUCCGUGGAAAUGCCUGCCUCCGAGGGACAUCGCUGUAGCUGACCUUCCAACGGCUCCUUCUUUUGAAGACUCUGGCUCUGCAGCCGUGUCCCGUUCACAAUGGCAGAAAAGGCUCCCCCUGGCUUAAACCGAAAGACUUCAAGAUCCACACUUUCUCUUCCACCGGAACCUGUGGACAUUAUUCGGAGCAAAACGUGCUCACGGAGAGUGAAAAUCAACGUGGGGGGCCUGAACCACGAGGUCCUGUGGAGAACGCUGGACCGGCUGCCCAGGACACGUCUGGGGAAGCUCCGUGACUGCAACACCCACGAGAGCCUGCUGGAGGUGUGCGACGACUACAACCUCAGCGAGAACGAGUAUUUCUUUGAUCGGCAUCCAGGCGCCUUCACGUCCAUCCUAAAUUUCUACCGGACAGGAAAACUCCACAUGAUGGAAGAAAUGUGUGCUCUCUCUUUCGGCCAAGAGCUGGAUUACUGGGGCAUUGAUGAAAUCUACCUAGAGUCCUGUUGCCAAGCCAGGUAUCAUCAAAAGAAGGAGCAAAUGAACGAAGAACUGAGGCGGGAGGCAGAGACCAUGCGGGAGCGGGAGGGAGAAGAGUUCGAUAACACCUGCUGUCCUGAGAAAAGGAAGAAGCUGUGGGACUUGCUGGAGAAACCCAACUCCUCCGUGGCGGCCAAGAUCUUGGCCAUCGUGUCCAUCCUGUUCAUCGUGCUCUCCACCAUAGCCCUGUCUCUCAACACCCUCCCGGAGCUGCAGGAAACGGAUGAAUUCGGGCAAGCCAACGACAACCCCCAGCUGGCACACGUGGAGGCGGUGUGCAUUGCUUGGUUUACCAUGGAGUACCUUCUACGCUUCCUGUCCUCACCAAAUAAAUGGAAGUUCUUCAAAGGCCCGCUCAAUGUGAUUGACUUGCUGGCCAUCCUGCCCUAUUACGUCACCAUCUUCCUCACCGAGUCCAACAAGAGCGUGCUGCAGUUCCAGAACGUGCGGCGCGUGGUCCAGAUCUUUCGCAUCAUGCGUAUCCUCCGGAUCCUGAAACUCGCCAGACAUUCGACCGGCCUGCAGUCCCUGGGUUUCACCCUCCGGCGUAGUUACAAUGAACUGGGCUUGUUGAUACUGUUUUUGGCCAUGGGGAUAAUGAUAUUUUCCAGCCUGGUAUUUUUUGCGGAGAAGGAUGAGGACGCUACUAAGUUCACCAGCAUCCCGGCCUCGUUUUGGUGGGCCACCAUCACCAUGACCACAGUAGGCUACGGUGACAUCUACCCCAAAACGCUACUAGGGAAAAUCGUGGGAGGCCUCUGCUGUAUCGCCGGGGUUCUGGUGAUUGCCCUUCCCAUCCCAAUCAUUGUGAACAAUUUUUCUGAGUUUUACAAGGAGCAGAAACGCCAGGAGAAGGCGAUUAAAAGGCGAGAGGCUCUUGAGAGGGCCAAAAGGAACGGAAGCAUCGUUUCCAUGAACUUGAAAGACGCCUUCGCUCGAAGUAUGGAGCUGAUCGACGUAGCUGUGGAGAAGGCAGGAGAGCCCGCCAACGCCAAGGCCUCGGCGGACGACAAUCACCUGUCACCCAGCCGGUGGAAGUGGGCCAGGAAGGCUCUGUCCGAGACGAGCUCCAACAAGUCUUACGAGAAUAAGUACCAGGAGGUCAGCCAGAAGGACUCCCACGAGCAGCUGAACAACACGUCUUCGUCCAGCCCGCAGCACCUGAGCGCGCAGAAACUGGAGAUGCUGUACAACGAGAUCACCAAGACGCAGCCGCGCGCGCACGCGAGCCCGGACGGCCCCGAGCCCCCGGCGCGGCCCUGCGCCUACGAAGAAGAGAUCGAAAUGGAGGAAGUGGUGUGCCCGCAGCAGCACCUGGCCGCGGGGCAGACCGAGGUCAUCGUGGACAUGAAAAGUACGUCCAGCAUUGACAGCUUCACCAGCUGCGCCACCGACUUCACCGAGACGGACCGAUCGCCCCUGCCGCCCCCCUCCGCUUCCCACUUGCAGAUGAAGUUCCCCCCGGAUCUCACCGGGACAGAGGAGCAUCAGAGAGCCAGGGGCCCCCCUUUUCUAACGCUCACCAGAGAGAAAGGGCCCGUGGGCCGGGAGGCCACCCUGGAAUAUUCUCCCGUGGAUGGAACUGGGAACCGCGACUCCAGCGGUUCCCAGAGUGGGUUCCACGGCCCCGCGCCGUCCGAGGGCACCUCGGAGAGCCCCAAGAGCUCGCUGAAAGGCAGCAACCCGCUGAAAUCCAGGUCGCUCAAAGUGAACUUCAAGGAAAACAGGGGCAGCGCCCCGCAGACCCCGCCCAGCACGGCCAGGCCACUGCCGGUCACCACCGCUGACUUUUCGCUCACCACCCCGCCGCUCAUCAGCACCAUCCUGUUAGAAGAAAACCCCCCGCAGGGGGACAGACCCUUGCUAGGCGCUGAGGUUUCCACACCUUGUCAGGGACCUUCCAAAGGGCCGACCCCUCGGUUUCCCAAGCAGAAACUCUUUCCUUUCUCAUCAAGAGAGAGGAGGAGCUUCACUGAGAUAGACACUGGCGAAGACUAUGACUUCUUAGAGCUGCACGGGACGAGGCAGGACAAGCAGGCAGACUCCAGCCCAAACUGCUUGGCAGAGAAGCCUAGUGAUGGAAGAGACCCUUUAAGAGAAGAAGGCUGUGUGGGCUCUUCCCCACCCCAGGACACAAGUCACAACUGUAGGCAAGACCCUUGCCAUGCUGUGGCUGAAGUGAAAAAGGACAGUAGUCAAGAAGGGUACAAGAUGGAAAACCACUUGUUUGCCCCAGAAAUUCAUUCCAACCCAGGAGACACAGGUUACUGUCCCACACGUGAAACCAGCAUGUGACUAGUUAGAAAAGCAAUAAAAUAAAAAAAAAAUAAAAGAACUUGUUUCUUAAACAUGCGGUUAAUAAUGCCUGCGAACUAAAAAGUGGGACGCUCCCUCCCCCGGCCCCCUCCCCCAAAAAAGUGCAUAAAAUGUUAUUUUUGCAUGGCAUGAACAGUUUCCUUUAAGGACUGUUUAAAUAAAGAGUCAAGACUGCAUUUUGUAACAAACAAACAAAAAUGACUGAAGAACAGUGAACAAAUAAAGAGAGCUGUCAGGAAACAGUAUUCGGCAAUGUCUGACAUUUUUUAUCCUUUCAUUCCAAAUUGUAGGCAGAUUUUCAACGUUUCGGUUACAAUGAAUUUUAGAAUUUGUACAUGAAAGGAUGAAAUGUCAUUGCACGCGUUCAUAAUUGCGAGGAGCAAGAUGCUCUGAGCUUGCAAAAUGCCUCCCUUUGUACAUAAUGAGGCCAGGGAUGCAAAAGUGUCAUGAACCCAGUGGAAACCAGUUUUCUAACACACAGGUUCUUCCUUCACAGCUACUGUCUAGAGGAAUUGCACAGACUUCGUGUUGCAAAAUUGCAACCUCUUCCUAAACCAUCUCUCAUAUCUUGCUUUGGAUUCUAAAGCUCUUCUAAGUACAUUUGUUUCAAGGAAUACAGUAUUUUUUAUUUACUUGUGAUAAAAUUCAUAGGGCGCAUUUUUCUUUUUGGCUCCUGCUUAGUUACGGCAUUUGUGGUUUUACUUUACAAAUCAUGAAAAUAGGCAAGAUUUAAUGACCAGAUAUCCAAAAAUUUGGAAUUGAAGCUUGAAAUGUUGCCAAUCAAGUAUAUAUCCUGCCACAGACUGUUACAGGAUUGCAUUUUUGAAAAAUCUGAAAAAUAUUUCAAGGGUUACAUCAUACAGCUAAACUUUUGUUUUAGUGGCACUCCACAUUUGGAAAUGAGUUUUGGUGUUUUUGUUGUUUUGGGUUUUUUUUUUAAUUGUAUGUUGGCUAUCUAAAGACGACUGUAUUUUCCACUUGUAUCCGACAUAACCCUAUCCAAAGGUCUGAAGAUAAAAUACAGAUAUGCAUGAGGAAAUGGGAAUUCCAAAAAGGGACUUUUAACAAACUAAAAGCAGAGCUAUUUAAUUGAGACUGCCACACCCCCUCAUAGAUAGAGUUCAGUUUGGAAAUGAAUUACCAUAAAAAGCACCCUGACGUGGUAAUGGGUCUUGUGGUAUUUCCCAAUGUGGGGAGGGGACACUGCCACUUUGGGAGGGCCACAGAUGCCAGCAGCACCCUCCAGUAAUUGCAGCAACUGGAAACAUCCCCUCACAUUUGCAAGGUCAGGACUACCCUAGUCGAAACCACUUCCAGAAUUUUCUACGGAAAACAGUGAAACCCAGAGAAGUUAGGGCACUCUGCUGGUGGUUGCCCUACUAGUAAGGUCAGUGCUAGAACCCAGGUCCUUUGAAUCUACUUUGCUUCACAGGAAAUCAAGGUGCUGGCUCCAGAGAGGCAACUAUCAGUUGUGCGAUCUGGGACGAGCCUCGAAAACCUCUCUGAGUCUCCGUUUUGCCCCAACAAAAACCAAAAGAAAGUUAUUUCUCAGCUCCUUUAAGCCUUCAAAUUAAUAUGAGUCCUUGGUCUCUCAGGAAUGUCCAAGUUUUGCCUCAGCAUAAUGUGUUUUGUGUGUGUGUGUGUGUGUGUGUGUGUGUGUGUGUUCCCGGGAAAUA